UUGGGGAUUUCGAAAGGUUUUGCCGCCCCGCCCCUUCGUCAAUGCACGACAACUAAUUUGGGGCCCCCUCCGACACCCCAAGCGCUAAAUGUACGCGUCUGGCGCUGUAGCCGUUCUCCGCGUUUCACAUCGUUUCAGUCUGCUCCGAGACUUUGGCCGAUAAAAGCAGCGGAAAAACUUCCGCCUCAGUGUUUUUCGUAGUGAUAGGCCUGGUGCUCUAUUACUAUCAACCAGCAAACAGUAGAUAAAAUCAUGCAAGAGACGUACCUGUACGAUCCCAGCUUGCUGCUGAAGCUCGACUUUCAUCGCACCCCGGCCACGUUCAAGCCAUUCAUAUCAGCGGCCAAUCCCGGCGAGCCAUGGAUGAAGGUGCGUCCCCUCAAGGACACGGACUAUGAUCGUGGCUUCCUGCAGCUGCUCUCCCAACUGACACACGUGGGGAAUGUCAAUCGCACACAGUUUCUGACCCGCUUCUCGCAGAUGAAGGCCAGCGGGGACUACUUUGUCACGGUCAUAGAGGACACGCGCAAGAACGAGAUCAUUGGAGCUGCCUCGCUGGUGAUCGAGCGCAAGUUCAUCCACAAUUGUUCGGUGCGUGGGCGCCUGGAGGAUGUGGUUGUCAAUGACACAUAUCGUGGCAAGCAACUGGGCAAGCUAAUCGUGGUCACCGUCUCUCUGCUGGCCGAAGAACUAGGGUGCUAUAAAAUGUCGCUGGACUGCAAGGAUAAGCUGAUCAAGUUCUAUGAAUCCUUGGGCUAUGUGCUCAUACCCGGGAACUCCAAUUCGAUGACCAUACGCUAUGACGAGGGUACGCCGCUGAAGCGCAAUGCCACCUCGGCCAGCUCCAGCUCCAGCACUGGUGCAGGUGGCGACUCUUGCCAAACUAACUCUCAAUUUUAUAACUUUUUCUCUCCUUUCUGCUACUGAAUGUGCGGCGGGGCGCUCUCAACUCUCAACGCAAAAGGUAGUCGUUAUAUUACCCUUUAAGAGCACCUUCAUCAAGUAGCAUUAACAUUGAUACACAUUCAGACAU